AUGGCACUCAGCGAUAGUAUCGUCGAGGCAUCCAUUGCCGACUUGUCCAAAGCUCUGUCCAGCGGAACACUGACUUCAGUCGACCUGGUUGCCAAGUAUCUGCUGCGCGUCAGUGCCUACGACUGCAGAAACACUGCCCUGAACGCGAUUCCAUUAAUCAAAGAGGACGUGUUCGAAGAAGCAGCCGCGGCGGAUGAUCGUCGCGCUGCUGGUAGAGCCCAUGGCCCCCUUGAGGGAAUCCCUUUCACAGCCAAGGACAGCUACAAAGUCCGCGGGAUGACUGCGGCUGCCGGCUCGGAAGCUUUCGAGGACCUCAUUGCCAACGAAGACGCAUUCCCGAUUAGGGCGCUGCGAGAAGCUGGUGGGGUCCUGCUGGGGCGGACGAACAUGUGUCCUAUGGCGUACGGUGGAAUGCUUCGUGGCGUCUAUGGGAGAGCAGAGAGCCCAUAUAACAAGGACUAUCUGGCGGCUGCCUUUGGAUCUGGAUCCUCGAACGGGAGCGGAGUCUCUGUAGCAGCAUCUUUUGCCGCCUUCGGCAUGGGCGCGGAGACGGUGUCGUCCGGCCGCUCACCCGCUUCGAACAACGCGUUGGUGGCUUACACGCCUUCGAAAGGGGUUAUAUCAAUCCGCGGCAAUUGGCCACUGUAUCCCACCUGUGAUGUGGUUGUGCCUCAUACACGCACCAUGGAGGAUAUGUUCGUUCUGGUGGAUGUGCUUUCCAGCCAUGAUCCUGAGACGAAUGGCGACUUCUGGAGAGACCAGCCGUUCAUACAGCCUCCACCGUCUCCCUGGUCGCGUGUUUCAAAGCCUCUGACAAUGAGUAGAAAUGCUGGAUAUCUCACGGGAAAGCGAAUCGCAGUUCCACAGAUAUUUCUCAAGCAGCAGGACGGCGGCCCAUAUAUAUCCUCAGCGAUCGAGCCGCUGUGGCGCCAGGCACGAGCCGAUCUCGAAGCCUCCGGGGCUAUCGUCGAGAUCAUUCCGGACCUCCCAGUGUUGCGGACAUACGAACAGAUGCUACGCAAGCCCGAGAAUGAAGACUCGUCCUCGUCUCUCCCUUAUCUCCCAGACGACUGGAACGCAACUGAGCGAGGCGUUCUCAUCGCACACGCUUGGGAGGAUUUUCUACAGAGUAACCAGGACCGGCACAUCCAGUCCUUGUCACAAGUGGAUCCGAAGCGGAUGUUUCCUCACUUCCCACGCGACAAUCCCCAGGUCAAGUUCGUCGAACCAACCAAUGCCGUCCACUGGGCGAAGUUGGCCGGCUACGUGGCCAACCGGUCGACUGCGGGCGGACCGGGUAAGAGCGCCAUCUACGGCGUUCCACACCUCGAGAAAGCCGUGAGGGCUCUGGAGGAAAUCCGGAUUCGUUUCUUCGAGGACUGGAUGUCCGCUCACAACUACGACUUCGUGGCCUUCCCUGCCGCUGGCGAUGUCGCCCGUGCCGACGCUGACGUCGAUGAGAAGAGCGCGCAGCAUGCGUGGACGGAUGGUGUCAAGUACAGCCAUGGCAAUCGAGCGCUGCGGCAUUUAGGCAUCCCAAGCGUGACCGUACCGAUGGGAAUUCUGGAAGAUUCCAAGAUGCCGAUGGGUUUGACGUUCUUGGGUCGAGCUUACAAUGAUCCAGAUUUGCUCCAGGCGGGUUAUGCAUAUGAACAGCAAAGCAGGAGACGAGUCGUACCACCGUUGACGCCACCUUUGCCCUCGGAUGAAAUCUCUGCACGGGGCCCAGUAUUGUCGAAAUCAAGGCCCAAACUGGCAGUCACGAGGUGUGAUGCCAGUCCAGGUCAAGACGGCAACUUAAUCGUUUCGAUUGAAGGAUCCGUGUCUGCGGCAUCGGGAUCCCGAGACCCUUUCAAGCCCAUUCUGGAGAUAUAUGUCGACGGCCAACACGUCCCUCCAUCACUGAUCUCGAUCGAAGCACCCACAGCUACAGACGGAGAUUACAACAUCUCGAAAUUCGUGUGCGAGUACCCGACGCUUCCGCCACCGGUACAGGACGAGCGUAACCGAGUAGUAGGCAAGGUCGCCAGAGAUAGCACGAUGGUCAUGAUCAUCGCACGGAACGGGGAAGACGGCCGACCGUCUGGAUAUGUGAAACUGAUACAUUGA